AAAUCCCUUUCUGGCUCUCGUCGGGGAAGUGGAGCGCUAACGUGGAUCUGGUAAAUUUACGUUUACUUUAAAAGAGUACUUUCGAGAUGGGAAUUGAAAUUUCUAGCUUUAUUCGAAGUCUUUUUUCAAAGACUGAAAUGCGAAUUUUGAUGGUUGGGCUUGAUGCGGCUGGAAAGACAACCAUUCUAUAUAAACUAAAGUUAGGUGAAAUAGUAACCACUAUUCCUACUAUCGGCUUCAACGUGGAAACGGUUGAUUAUAAAAAUAAUUCGUUCACUGUGUGGGAUGUUGGAGGGCAAGACAAAAUUCGCCCACUUUGGAGACAUUACUUUCAAAAUACUCAAGGGCUUAUAUUUGUAGUGGAUAGCAAUGAUGUCGAGCGCAUCGGUGAAGCUCGUGAAGAGUUAAUGAGAAUGUUAGCUGAAGACGAGUUGAGAAAUGCUGUUUUGCUCGUGUUUGCAAACAAACAAGAUCUUCCCAAUUCUUUGAACGCCGCUGAAGUUACGGAGAAACUUGGAUUGCAUUCUUUAAAAAAUAGAAUUUGGUACAUCCAAGCAACUUGUGCUACUAGUGGAGAUGGCCUCUAUGAAGGCUUAGAUUGGCUUUCUCAAAAACUUAAAGGCAGGCAAUAA